GCAACACGGCUGGUAGUAGCAUGUUAGCUAGCUAGCUAGCUUUUUUCUUUAGCAAGCUGGAUACGACCCCAGACAACUGUUACAUGGUGGACCUUGCAAUUUGAUUGUCUUCUUGAACCUUUGUUGCACUCUUUUACGCUGGACUGUCUUCGCCACUUGGUUGUUAGCGAGCUGGAGGAGCUGUCACUCUUGUUGGACAGAGAAACAGAUACGCGAUGUGUCAGUGAUAGACAUGGCAUAUUUCUACCCACUUAUUCUGAAUAACAGGGCUUUCUGAAGAGAUUCACUUUAGGAUCACACACACAGUCCUGCCUUGCUCCCACAAGCACAGAUGUUUGGUGCAGAUCCCACUGUGAAUUGAUCUGUAAAAAAGACACACAAGCAAGCAGUAUGUCGGAGAACCUCGUCCUCACUUUCCAGACCCAGCUCUCGGGAGUCAUGGAGACGGUCCUAAAGUCAGCCAUAUAUGAGAUCACCAGGCUGGUGGAGGACGGCUUCCUGGAGGAGGUGUCCCGAAGCCAUGAGCAGGUCGAGUCGCUGAAGAAGAGGCUACAGUGGUCGGAGAACAGAGGAAGGGAGAGGGACAGAGAGGGAGGCCAGAGGGGGAAGUGUGCAGACUGUGGGAGAGCUGAUGAGGAAGGUGGAAGCUCUGGAAACUCACAGACAGGUGCGGAGAUGGGGUGUGGCCUGAAGCAGGAGAAGGUACCAGGGGAGGAGUGGAGCAGCUGUGGGGGCGUGGCCAGGGAAACAGCCUUCCAUGAUCUGGAGGCUGAGGCCACCAGCCUUAGGAGAACCUCUGAGUCCACAGAGGUCACAGGUCAGAAGCUGGACAGCCUGCUGAAAGAGGAGCCUCUCCACAACACUGAGCUACAGGAGAGAUGGGGUGUCUGCCUGGACGGUGCCGAUGGUUCAGACGUCUCGGGGCCCAGUAAGAGUUUCAGUGAGCAGGAGCUGCAGCAGUGCCAGGCUGACUGGGGAUCCGGUCUAGACCAGGGGCCUGAACAACCAGGCCCAGAGGGAAACCCAGGGGACCCCAGCCAACCUCUCUUCCAACCCCGUUACAGCAUGGAGGAUCUGGGGGGUGGCUUUGAGAAAUCUGGUUACGGCGGUGCUGGUGGUGGAGGAGGCCAUCGUCUAGAUGUGGAAGGGCUGGACAGGCUUCCUGGUUCUCCGUCUCAUCUGGGUGCGCUGAGCUACGGAGCUGUGGGUCACUACCAGGUGGACCUGAGGAGGUCUGAGGGGGGAGACCAUCACCAUCGCUCCCACAUGCCUGGGCCCCAUCGGAGCCGGAGGGAGCAGGUGGCGUCGCCAACGCCACCCCCACACCCAGAGGUGGGUGUCCGGAACUGCCUGUUGAUCAACGAGGAGGGUUACCUGCAGGACUCCAGUGUCUUGUACCCUGAACACGGUGUCCCAGAGUCAGGUAGCAGAGCCGGCCACAGGGGCUAACCUCCAUCCACUCUGGAAGCUCAGCCCACAACAACAACACAGAGAGCCUGUAUGGUGCCCCUGACAACUUUGGACUCUCUCUAAACCUCAGAGAUCGUUCACAAGAGCAGGUAACAGAAGGAGGAGUAAUGGGAGGAGGGGGGAAGCGUCACGCCUGCAAUCAAUGCACCAUGACAUUCUCAGACUCUGGCUCCCUUGAGGCCCACAAGCAGACACACAAAACAGGUAGAGUCUCAGGGUCAGGAUCUGGGCCUCCGUACUCCUGCACCAAGUGUGGUAAGUCCUUCACCCAGGCUUGCAACCUCAAGGUCCACCAGCGGGUCCACCAGGCAGAGGGACUCCACCUCUGCAGCCACUGCUCCAAGGGCUUCACCUCCUUCUCCGACCUGAAGAGGCACAAGUGCAUUCAGACAACAGACAAGCCCUACUGCUGCUCCAUCUGUGGGAACAAAUUCAGUCGGCUCUGGAACCUCAAGCUGCACCGGCGCGUUCACACACAGGAGAAACCCCACCGCUGCACUAUGUGUGACAAGAGCUUCGCUAGGGCAGACAAUUUGAAGGUGCACCAGCGCACCCACACUGGGGAGAGACCGUACUGCUGCGCUGUGUGUGGACUCAGCUUCAAACAACUAAACCACCUGAAGUGGCACCAGCGCAAACACAGGCUGGAUCUCCUGGCCUGAGCAGUGGUCUAUAAUUAUUAUUUUUUUUUAAUUGUUUUUAAAUAAGGACAUAAAAUAUAUGAACUGUUGGAAAUCUAACCAUGUGUUGAAUAUGAAUUAAUGUCUUACAUUAUGGACUGUCUAUAAAUUGUCUGUUAUAAUGAUCAUGCGUAACCUAUGAAACAUUUGAAUGAUGGGACAUUCAUAUGCUCGUGGGAAGUCGUAAGUCUGACAUGAUUGUGUUCAAGUGCAUUUGAAGUCAGACCAAUUCUUUAACCAAUAAGAUUUUUGCUAGCUUGUUUUCUAGCUAAUGUUGCUCAUAAUAAAGUUAUCUAGUUUGCUUAACAUUGACAGUAUGGUAAAACUAGCUACAUUAUCCAAAUUGAUAAGUUUUUAAUUGUCAAAAUUGGAUUUGUUGUCAAGUUUUGGUUGAAAAGGUAUAAGUGGUUUCCCAGUUGUAAUUACGACUUAGAGGGUUGUUCAAGUGAAACUUCCCAGUCCAGCCCAGAUUUUUGCAUACAAAUAAAACAAAAUAAAACACA